UGCGGGGAGAGGACCACGAGGCCCGGUGUGGAGGUGCACUUAGAGGCAGCUGGAUUUCUGAAUUCGAGGCCGGCCUGGUCCACGCAGUAAAUUCCAGGACAGCCAAGGAUACAAAGAAACCCUGUCUCGAAGAACAAAAGACAGAAAACAAGAAACAAAACCAUGAAAGAUAGUCCGUUAUCCAGGGCUAGAAUGCCCAAGGCUGGUUCAUCCAAGGUAUGAUGAAGGUUCACCCGCUAGGAACUGAUGCUCCAGCUACUGAGCCUCCUUUAGCUGGCAGUGAUAUCGCUAUAGGGCGCCAAAGCCACCAUCCGCUCUCUGAUUGGCUGAGAUGGGAAAAAAAAAAGAUAGUUCCUCUCAUUGGCUAUAAAGCAGACGCCGAGCGAACCCAUUGGUUGCGUCGCCCGCGGGCCUUGGUCGGUUUCGCAAGCCGCUAGAGGCUACCGGGCGUGGGGCGGGCCGGAGCUCGCCGUUGCCGUGGUUACCCAGAGGCACGUGCGCAGUCCCGGAAGCGGCCGGGGGAAGCUGCUCCGCGCGCGCUGCCGGAGGAAGCGCCGCCGGGUCCGCUCUGCUCUGGGUCCGGCUGGGCCAUGGAGUCCAUGUCUGAGCUCGCGCCCCGCUGCCUCUUAUUUCCUUUGCUGCUGCUGCUUCCGCUGCUGCUCCUUCCUGCCCCGAAGCUAGGCCCGAGUCCCGCCGGGGCUGAGGAGACCGACUGGGUGCGAUUGCCCAGCAAAUGCGAAGUGUGCAAGUAUGUUGCUGUGGAGCUGAAGUCGGCUUUUGAGGAAACGGGAAAGACCAAGGAAGUGAUUGACACCGGCUAUGGCAUCCUGGACGGGAAGGGCUCUGGAGUCAAGUACACCAAGUCCAUUUCAGAGACCCCAGGCCAGAUGACCUAUCUUCCUUCCAGCUCUGCCUUCCCAUUGGGACUUACGGUUAAUUGAAGUCACUGAGACCAUUUGCAAGAGGCUUCUGGACUACAGCCUGCACAAGGAGAGGACUGGCAGCAACCGGUUUGCCAAGGGUAUGUCGGAGACCUUUGAGACGCUGCACAACCUAGUCCACAAAGGGGUCAAGGUGGUGAUGGAUAUCCCCUAUGAGCUGUGGAACGAGACCUCAGCAGAGGUGGCUGACCUCAAGAAGCAGUGUGACGUGCUGGUGGAAGAGUUUGAAGAGGUGAUUGAGGACUGGUACAGGAACCACCAGGAGGAAGACCUGACUGAAUUCCUCUGUGCCAACCACGUGCUGAAGGGAAAGGACACGAGUUGCCUAGCAGAGCGGUGGUCUGGCAAGAAGGGGGACAUAGCCUCCCUGGGAGGGAAGAAAUCCAAGAAGAAGCGCAGCGGAGUCAAGGGCUCCUCCAGUGGCAGCAGCAAGCAGAGGAAGGAACUGGGGGGCCUGGGGGAGGAUGCCAACGCCGAGGAGGAGGAGGGUGUGCAGAAGGCAUCGCCCCUCCCACACAGCCCCCCUGAUGAGCUGUGAGCCCAGCUUAGUGUCCUUGAAUCAAGACCCCUGACUUCAGAGCUUGGGACACGCACAGCGCAGCGCAGCGCAGCUCCAGCAAGGACAGCUGCUGUCCAGCAUCAGGUCUCCUCCCUUGGCUGUGCCCCUUUCCUUCCCUUGAACAACAGCAAGAGGUGGAAGGAUCUGGGGUGCUGGGAGACGGCACCCCAAAGGGAAGAGGAGGAGGAGCAGAAGGCAGCUCUCUUUCUACACAGUCCCCCUCACGAGCUCCGGGGUCCACCCAGCAUCCCCAGGCUGAGAUCCAGGCUCCUGACAUGGAAGCUGAAGAGCAUGAGGCACAUAAGAUGCUCACCAGCGCCCCCUUCAGCCAGGAAGGACUCCGUGCAGCCUCAGCAGCCAGGCCUGCCUCUUCCUUCCACCAAGCAUUCUCUUCUGCUGGUCCUUGUCGGAUGGUAAAUUCGAGAACUUCCAGGACAAACUCGGGUGUGGCACAAAGGGGCUGGACGCCAGAGCCAGAGCCACGCCAGAGACUGCAGAGAGGGCACCUGACCUAACCCCCCUGGAAAGCCAAUCUGCAGUUCCCGUGUCCACCCACUCCUCCUGAGGACGCCUCAUGCUCUGCCCAGCCCUUCUCCCAGGGCUACCAGAGUAAACACCUUUUGGCCUUUCGGUUUGGUUCCUGGGUCCUCAUCAGCCUCCAGAGUGUCCCCUCAUCGAUCUUUUUUGCCUUUGUCCCCCAAUCCCAGGGGCUGGAAGGCCAUCACCAUCAUUGGAGGCUUAACCUGUCAGUUACUAGGAGGUGCUGGGAGCGCCCGGGGUUGGUUUGGGGUAAUCACUCACUGGCUCUCAGCCUUCUAACACUGCAGCCCCUUAAUACAGUUCCUUCUGUUGUGGUGACUCCCACGCCCCCACACACACACCAUAAAAUUAUUUCGAUGCUGUUUCAUAACUGUAA